CAAGUCGGCGGCACCAGCGGAGAAGAAGGAGAGGGGACUGAAAUGUAGAUCUGGCAUCUACUUUCCCAACGUUUAAAGGACGCUUUUAUAUAAACAUAUACAUAUACAGGGCAUUCAUGAAGAGCCCCAAGUUAUUAACACUAUUAUUAUGUCGGAGGGAACAGUCACAGCCCGGUGCUUGCUGUACACAGUUCGUCUAUUUAUUCCAGUCUGAAGCAGGAAUUCAGAUAGAAGACUUUCAAGUAGAUAGAUUAGCCUAUCUAAUCAAGUGUUUUUAUUAAUACGCCGGUUUCGUUUUUGUCAGUAGUUUGCAUUUUAUACGCAUUUUUUUCCUUUUUGUGGAGAAAGAUUGUCAGGUUAAGCCACACGAAAGCAAUGUAUAAUACAGUCUGGACGUCGGAAAAAGCCGGUGAGGAAGGAGACUGGAGGGACGUGAUGAUGCCCUACUCCACAGAGCUGAUAUUUUAUCUGGAAAUGGACCAGCCGCCAGCUCUUCCUCCGAAACCAGCAAAGCCACAGCAGCCCUCCUCAGUGGGGGUGGGAGGGGGCAGCACCAAUGGCACCAAGGAUGGAGGAGCAGGAGGCUCGCUGCAGGAAGCCGAGUGGUACUGGGGAGACAUAUCCAGGGAGGAAGUGAAUGAUAAGCUCAGAGACAUGCCUGAUGGGACGUUCCUGGUGCGGGAUGCUUCCACGAAGAUGCAGGGAGAUUACACCCUCACACUGAGGAAGGGGGGCAACAACAAGCUGAUAAAGAUCUACCACCGGGAUGGGAAAUACGGCUUCUCCGACCCGCUGACGUUCAGCUCGGUGGUGGAGCUCAUCAGCCACUACAGACACGAGUCUCUGGCUCAGUACAACACCAAGCUGGACGUCAAACUCAUGUACCCCAUCUCCCGGUUCCAGCAGGACCAGCUGGUAAAGGAGGAUAAUAUUGACGCUGUGGGGAAGAAGCUGCAGGAAUACCACAAUCAGUACCAAGAGAAGAGCAAAGAGUACGACAGACUGUACGAAGAAUACACCAAGAUGUCGCAGGAGAUCCAGAUGAAGCGAACAGCCAUCGAAGCCUUCAACGAGACCAUCAAGAUCUUCGAGGAGCAGUGUCACACGCAGGAGCGCUACAGCAAGGACUACAUCGAGCGCUUCCGCCGCGAGGGCAACGACAAGGAGAUCGAGAGGAUCAUGAUGAACUACGAGAAGCUCAAGUCCCGGCUCGGGGAGAUCCACGACAGCAAGGUGCGGCUGGAGCAGGACCUGAAGACGCAAGCCAUGGACAACCGGGAGACGGACAAAAAGAUGAACAGCCUGAAGCCAGACCUCAUACAGCUCCGCAAGAUCAGGGACCAGUAUCUAGUCUGGCUCAAUCACAAAGGAGUUCGUCAGAAACAAAUUAACGACUGGCUUGGAAUCAAGAACGAAAACACUGACGAAGGCUACUUUGUGACCGAGGAGGACGAGAACUUGCCUCACUACGAUGAGAAGAGCUGGUUCGUUGGGGAUCUGAACAGGACACAGUCGGAGGAGCUGCUCAUCGGGAAGCCGGACGGAGCGUUUCUCAUCCGGGAGAGCAGCAAAAAGGGCUGCUACGCCUGCUCUGUAAAUGUGGAAGGUGAGGUGAAGCACUGUGUCAUCUACAGCACACCGCGCGGUUUCGGCUUCGCUGAGCCCUACAACCUGUACAGCAGCCUGAAGGACCUGGUGCUCCACUACCACCAGACCUCGUUGGUGCAGCACAACGACUCGCUCAACGUGCGUCUCGCAUACCCCGUCUACGCACAGAUGCCCUCCGGACGCAGAUGAACCCCACCCACCUGGCCACAACCCCCACAUAGACAAUAAACCAACCCCCUCUUGGGGAAGGGAAUCGGGGAGAGUGAGUGAAGGAAGGAACAAGGGAGUGGGGGGUGGGAUUGGUUGAAAUACAAAGCAACCCCAACACCAGACCCCGUAAAGAUAGAAACAAAGUAAACACUUGCUGCAACACACACGUCAGCCACCUUGGAGUUAUAUAUUUUUACAAGAACAAUUUCGGAGGGCAUUCUUUCUAAAGACUGCUUGAUUUGCACAAGGAAGUUUUAAAUGUUUGUGAAUGUGAAAAAUAAAUAAAUAAGCGACUGAAGGAAAGAAGGAAGGAAGGAAACGGAGUAGGAGACUUCAGAGUUUCAGAUUGACCCCGCUGCUACCUACACUCCAGCUCAGACUUUUUACCAGAAACUCAACAACUACGACAACAAAGACGACAACAAAACAUUCCCAAACCCCCUUUUUUGUUUAGUUUUUUUCCCGUUUUUUAUUUUGCACCACAGAUGAUUAUAUUGCAACCGUUUUGUUUGUUUCUCGAGUCGUUUCCUUUUGUUUCUCAAAGCUUUGUUUGUGGUAAAUGCGAGAGGAGAAGAUGUCAAGUAUCUGUCCUGUCCCUCUCCGUACGAAAAAAGCAAAUAUAAUGUAGCAUAACGAGACAACGGACACUUGGUUUUAUGAAGUGUUCCUCCAUGUAGACUGCUGCUGAAGGGUUUAGGGGGAGGGGAAGGGUGGGGCAUACGUGACAAAAACAGUUUUGAAGUCUUAAAGAAGGACGAAAGGCUUGCUUUUAUACUAACUGUAGAGGGGUUUCUGUAUUAUUUCUGCUUUGCUGGAACAUAGUUUUUUUUUUUUCUUGCCAAUGUGUAAAUGGCAAUGUCACAGAUCAGAACCAGAGACCAAAGUUGGUGUGGAGAGAGAGGGAGGGAGGGAGGGGGGGGGCAAAGACUCAGCCAGUGUGUGUUUUCUUUUAGAUUUUUCUUUUCUUUUUGUGAAUGGUGAAAGGAGUAAAGAAAAGCAAACGAAUGGUGUGUUUGAGACCACACAUAAAAACCGAGUUUUGGGCCACGUGCUUGUGCACCAAAUAGCCUUUUUUUUGGAAAACCAAAUGGUACGUAAACAGAGAAAGCCAGGACCUUCUGUAAAUACAGAUGGUCAAGAAUGAAGCACUUAAACAAGUCCCAUGUGUGACCUCAGUAUUCUGUACCGUACCGUGUGAUGAAUGUUAUGUUUGAAUAGUAUAGUUAUUCCUCAGUUGUGAGUAUUUAUCGCUUUUUGAAAAUUUUAAGCACUUUUCUGACAUUUAUUUGACUCAAUAGUUAUUAAUUAAUGGAGAAAAUAAGCGUCAUUCAGUGUAAUUGUUUAUUCAAAUUCAUUAUUUGGUACCAACUCAUGGCAUAAAGCAGAGUGCUGAGGUCACAAAUGUUACUACACUUAAACCAGAAAAUAAAAGGUUAAAAAUGGUCCAAUUCACCAAAAUCAUCCUUUUAAAAGCAUGAAGGGCCAGGGAACCUGAAACCCAUUUUGUGUGUGGUUUAAAAAGAGAGUGAAAGAUACUUACAUGAGUAUAUGCUAACGACUGUGGGUUUAAAAAACUGGGACUGUUUGUGUUUUUGUUACACAACCUUCAGAAAUAAUAAGCUUUGAUAAAAAAAUGUUUUAUGUAUAACACAGAAAGCAGGUAGGCGGAGGCGAUGUCUCGAGCUAAAGACGCAGGCUUUAGAAGAAAAAAACUGAAAACUUGAAAGAACGUGCAAUCUACCUUUGUGUUUGUGUAGUCCAGCAGUCAAGCAGAGCGGCGCACUAAGGGUCCGAGAGAUAAUCAAAGUGCACAGUGAAGCUUUUGGAGUGAAAUUUUGUCAAUUUGGUUUUUUUAAACUCAGAACCUUCUGCCGGUGCUUGACUUUAUAACCAGUGGACGCAUUUUCUGUCAAAGACUUAAAAAAGCAUCGCACAAUAAAAAAUAUCUUCAAAAACUGAAGAGAAAAACACAACCCAGUUGCAUUCUAUUUUUCCUUGAAAUUUGAAAUUCUUGGUUACUGAUUGGCUGUUGGAACGAAAAUAAUGCUCACCCAUUGGCUGUUUUGUUUGGAGAGGCGUUUUUUUUUAACGAGGGUCAGUGUGGGGUCCCCAGACAGUCUGGUAAUCUGCAGCUAUUUAUAGAAUGAAAAGCUAGCGGGCGUGUGAUACAUUGACCCUGUUUUCUUUUUUACAGGAUAACGUUUUUGUUGGGUUCUAGCUGAGAAAUCUUACAAAAGACGCUGGUUACAAAGUCAGACAAAACACCCUCCCCUCUCGUUGUUUGCAGUGUUUUUCAGAGUAUGAUAAGCCGAGUGUAUGGGCUACACACACAGGUGCGUCUGCAGGAGUGUAUCAGGUUGUAGGAAGAGGGCCAUUGUUUGAGUAUCUGCAGAAGAGUCAUAGUGAGUGAAUGAUACAACCUUGGUUGUACCCACCACAUGUUUAUCUACACCCCCGUCUCUAUGUCCUCCUCACCCAUGACGGUAGCACCGUUAUUUACCGACACACACCCCCACUCCCUUGAUAAAGUCUGCUCACAUUAGGUAGAUGGGUUGUGGGAGGUGAGGUUUGUGGACCUGAAAGCCAUUGAUAGUAAUCGGUCUCUCCCGAAUCAGAUUGGGUGUCCCUAAAGCCGGCAGGACUUAAUCCAAUUUGGCCUGUUCUCAGACUACUGUCUUUUCAUGAAGAGCUGAAACAUAAUGGAAAGUAUCUUUAGUAAAUGCCGAAAAAUUUGGCGUAAGAAAUCAGUUUGUUUUAGUCACCAAGGAUUCCAGAGAAUAAUCUUGUGUUAUAAAGAAUGGUAAGCAAUUACUUACACUCACUAUCUGUAAUCCUACACGUAAAAUUGGCAGCAUCAGUAUGUCUUUGUAAAGAAACAGAAAUAUUUGGCAAAUUGAUAAAGAUGCAGUUCCAAUUAUUUUGGUAUUAUCUUUCCAAAUUGAUGUCGUUUCUAAAGAGACAAUUUUGGAACGGACAUAACUUCCAAGUUCCUAAAAUCAAAGUUAUAUUAAAAUGAGCUUAACUUUGUGAAAACCAGUGUUAGCAUGCUACAACUGAAUUGAAAGGAUAAAGCUAGUGUGAUUUUGAGAAUAGGCCAAUUUUGGUUUAAUUGAUGCCGGCCCCAGAAGUCCCGUUCUACCAUCCAAGGUGAAAGCUAAAGCAGGUUCGGAAGAAUAAAGCCAGUGUGAACACUGUUGGACAGUCGCAGCAUAAAGGAUGUUGGAAAGCGUUGGCUGUGUCCCAUUUCUGUUGCGGAGAAAUGUGUCUUUUGACCAAAUUUGUACAUCCAGGAGUUAGAAAAAAAUGCCAUCAACCUUGAGUUGUUGCCACCGAAUUGGGACACAGCCUUUUUUUGCAUUUUGUAUCUGUUGCUGUCGACCAGUAAUGGCGGUCUUUGUUCUUCCUCUUGGACUAACAGGGGACAGCAAGGCGGGGUUUGUUGAUAUAAUCUUGAAUGUACAAACAGGAUCAGUCCGGGUCCAAAGCGUUUUGUUUUUUUUUCCCUUUGUGUUUUUGAAGCACCACAAAUCAUGUUUACCAGAAGAUGAACAUAACUCUGGAGGUGCUAUCACAAAUGCAUGCCCGUUCAAUUUGGCAGACUUUUAAUGUCUCCUUCACAAUGUUUCUGGUCAUUUACCCUCAGGUGUUAAAAGUUUACCGUAGAAACGACCACACAACAAAGCCAGCUAUUGAAAAAAUAAACAAAUCAGGGUUUUUUCUGCAUUGAUACUUAAAUCACUCUCAGCCGGUUAAGCUAGUUCCCCACAUGGUUUUUUUUUGUGGUGUCCCCACUUCAGGAGACUCGUCUCUCAUUACUUACCGUAGCUUAGAAACAGCAUCAUCACCAAAAGGAUGUCAUAGUCUCUCCUUCCCCCUCCAUGACCACACAGUCUCAAAGGUUUUUUGUUAUUAACAGACUUUGUUUCGGGUUGAACACAAAACCCUGACUUUAUUACUUGAACUAUAUUGCAUUGCUCACUGUUGAAUGUCUUUAUAUGAAAAUAUACAUUUAUUAAAGAAAAAAAUAACGAAGAGUUCCGUUUUGUUUUAUGGUGAGCAGGGCCAAGGUUUUUAGAGUUUUAUGACAGAUGUACAGUAUUAGUUACAGGCAAACGUAGAGCUAAUUUAGGAGGGAAAGAGGCGCUUUUUUGAAACUUCUCAGAGAUAUGUUCGGAUCUUUUCCUUCAGAGGGCUUGUCUGAAAUUGCACACCUUAUCAUCUACAAGAGACUUGUGUUAAUAUUUACCUGUGAUAUCUGCAUUUGCAUCUUGAGUCACAUUUACACGGAGACAUCGUAUCUAUCGUAUAUAUAAAGCCAGAAAGGUAAUACAGUUUUAAGGGUUGUUUUGAGUUGUAGUCGCUGUUCUUUGACUGUUUUCAUUCCCCCCCCAAAACAUUAAGACCAAAGAUUUCAGUUCCUGUUAAUCCCCUCAGUUGUCGAUCAUUGGAAAUGGAUGUUUCAGUGAAGUUUUUAUCUCCAUUGCCUUGAUAUUAUCACAACUCAGAAGAUAAAACCAUGUUGUGUGAAUGAGUGUCCCGUACAGCUAGCUAGGAUUGUCGGUUGAUCUGUUCAGUUUGUGUUAAAAAGAGUUUAAACAGGUACUUUUUGUGACAAGUCAGGAAGGAUCCAUCUUUAGAAUCCUUGUAAAAAUGAUGUCCCAAUGUAAAAAUCAAUCAGAUUUAACUUGAUCUGCACUCUUCCGUUUGUGUACCGUUGGUAUAAACUGACUUAUGUUAAGGGUUUAGAAGAAAAAACAACCAAAAGUCACAGCGCUGUCACUCAUGCUACUUCAUAUUUUUGCACAUGAUGACCAUAGCUGGGGUUUAGCUUGGUUUGCCAUUUGAAGAUGUUCUAUUUCUGGGUUGAAAAUGUCCUGCAGAAAUCUCAUGAACAACAGUAAUGUGUGGGGGUUUUAAGAUUUGGUUGUGUUGUAUUGUGUCUAUAUCUUGUGUUAAAGCAGGAACAACAUUCCUAAUGUACUAUCUGUUGCCCACAAAAGUGUCUUGUGUUAUAAUUUACAAUAGUUGUGCACAAAAUGCUUUUUCUUUGGGGACAUCCCAGUUUAAAUUGGCAUUGAUUUGAAUAGAUUCAGCUUCUUUCUGUAUUUGAUACCUUUCUGAAAUCCUGUUCUCGAUUUGAUUCAAGUUAAUAUGCUUGAUUGUGAUACUACCUGAAAAGUUGAAUUGCUACAGGACAUACUGAAGGUCAACAGGACCACAUGCCUGAUUUGUCAGUUUUGUAUAAUGAUACAUUCAACACUUACAGAUUUGAGUUUUCUGCAGGACGAUUUUCCUAUGUAACUCACUCGACACAACAUGCAAUAUUCCCUUUUCUGUCAACCAGGGGUUCGUGAUAGAGGGGCGCAUGAUUUGCCUCAGGUGCAUCGACCCCGCAGGUGUUUCUGAAUGGGCAGGGUUUUGCUCGUAGUAGUACUAAGGCAGGGAGACAAGCAGUUUAGAAACGUUUUUGGGACAAACCAAAAUAUCUGUUUUGUCAAGUUUACUUUUACAGACUGUUUAGUUGGAUUUUCACUUUGGAAAACUCAACUCUAACUCAAAUAACUCCAGGAAACAGGCUUAGGUUCACCUCUCAGAAAAUAAAGGUACAUUUUGAAACAAAGGUGCGGUCUCUGCAACAAUAAGGUACAAUAAGUCCAAUGUUACCUUUAUUUUUAUUGUGAGUGUUCAUUCUCACUAUCAUCCCAGGACUGUUAAAAUAGCAACUGUCUGUUGUUUCUCUACCACAGUUAUUACUACCAAUACUACUACGCGCCCUCAAGCAGUCCUGCAAAGUUUUAUUUGCAGCCAGGUUUGAAUAUGUUUGAUUCUCGGCGAGGAGUCGUGUUGUGUUCUUACCACUGCUUAUCUGAUCACAGUACCCAGCACAGCUUCGAGGAGUAACAGCUUCUUAUAUAUAUCAAAAUAAAUAACUUUUAAAAAAAACUACAACUUUAAAAAAAUGUUUUAAAAGAUUUUUAAAAAGUGUAUAUGACACCCCCUCCUUCCCCUCCCCAAACCCCAUUUUACCGCUUUUACCCCUUUUUACAUACGUACAGAUCCGGCAUGCAUAUUUGGUACUCUUGACUGUUGUUUUUUUUGUGUAUUAAAACAAAAAUUGUAAAAAAAAAAGAUGUCUUUGAAAAGCAACUGUUAUUUGUCUGUUUAUGGUGUAUUCCGAUCUGAAUUUGAUAAAACAAAUUUAACAUCACUGCUUCAAGCUGAAACAAGUUCCCGUUUUUAUUGUGUCAGUUGUGAAAUGCUAUAAGAUGUUAAUACUGAGAGAGAGAACUAUUACUUUAUAGAAAGGUAUGUCUAAUGAUGCCACAUCAGAAGGCAAUACUGUUUAAAAACUUUAAGCCUUGAAUAUAUUUCUCCUUGUUAAAAGGUUUCCUGAUGACACAGACUAUAAUCUUUAAACUCUAGGUGCGUUGUGCAUCGCCACAGAAUCUUUUUUAAUCUUAAAGAUGAUCACCAACUCACCCUAUUUGCAAAAUGAAUAAACUCCGUUGAUUCACAUUUCAUCACAAAUAGGCGUGUGGUGAUCAUUGUCUAACAGCUGAAUAACCUAUCGGUCUCUUUCUCAGUGUUACGCUGCCAUAACUGCUAAGGCUUCUCUUGGUAUUCUCUUUUCGAAACACGAUUCACUUUUCUUUCUCGUAUCGGCUGCAAUAGAUUGUUGGUUGUAGAUUCUCCAUUUGUUUAUGAGCUGAAUCAUGUACGUUUAUCAAUGGAUCUCCAACAUAUUCAGUGCUCUUGCAGAAUAAAGAAAAUAUUUUGUUCAAAUACAA